AUGGCGUACAGUGUUUACGACAGCGCCAUUGCAGUGACUCAGAGCCUCCUGCGGACCCUGUCCCACAUCCUCCACACGGCGGAGCAGAGCCCAAAUGCUAGCACGAUCCUCGAGUCCCGCCUCAUUGAGGACAUGUAUCCCGUGCCCGAUCAAGUAAGGCUAGCGACGCAAUACUCGGAGUUUCUGGUCGCCCGAUUGAUGGGGCGAGAGCCGGUCACUUUCAGCGGCAACCCGACGACCUUUGCCGAAUGCUACCAGCGUAUUGACACGGUACUGCAAUCGCUCAGCGAGGCUGACCGGGACGUCGUCACCCAGCACGGCGAUGCGGUUGCACCGACAAAUCUGGGGCCGCAAGGAACCGUUGAGAUGAGUGGCGCGGCCUACGCGCACACAGUGGUCUUGCCCAAUAUCUACUUCCACCUCAACACGGCAUAUGGCAUUCUGCGGAAGGCUGGGAUUCCGCUAGGCAAGAAAGACUAUUACGUCGGGUUCUUUCCAAGCUUGAACAAUCAAUAG